UAGGAAACAACUCUAUGCCUGUCUGGGACGUUGUGUGGGGAGGCGAAUCUGGGAGUUCCCCCAUAGCAGUGUCCCCAGGGCUGUGGGACUGCAAAACGGCUUGAGCUUGAACAGAAGACUUAGUAGCAAAGGGUUAAGCAGAACAUGUGUGUCAGUUCUCCCCCCUUCCUCCCCUCUGAAGUUUGACAUUCCCCAGCCAGGAAUUUUCCAGGCCUUAAUCCAUCUUCCAACUAGCAACUACCCCUCUUUCCAGAUCUGGGUUCUUCUGGAGUGGAGGCAGCAGCAGCAGCAGCAGCAUGAAAGAAAAAGCGGGAGAGAACGAGAAAGGGGGAAAGGGUGACACCAUGUCUGUGAUAUACAGCGAGGUGGCUGCAGACGAGCCUACAACCAACAGCUUCUGGAUGCCCAAUCACUAUCAGAGCACAGUAAAACGUCUGGAUGAUGGGUAUCGCGUCUGUGACCAGAUUGUGGCCUGCUUCCAGGAGCGGGCAAAGAUUGAACGCAGCUACGCUUUGAUGAUGGAGGAGUGGACUCGCAAGUGGCGGCCCCUCGUCGAUGCGAGUCCCGUGUACGGCUCCCUGCUACGGGCCUGGCAAGCAUUCUUGGGGGCUUCUGAACGACUGAGCCGGCUACAUAUGGAGAUGCAACGGGCUUUGGUGUCAGAGGAUGCCGGGCGCAUCCGGGCCUGGCAACAUGACUCUUAUCACCGCAAGCUAUUUGGGGGCUUCAAGGAGGCCUGUGAGCUGGAAAGUGGCUUCCAGCGGGCACAAAAGCCCUGGACCAAGAAGCUCAAGAAGGUUGAGAAAAGCAAGACUUUGUACCACAAGGCCUGCCGCAAAGAACACAUUGCAACCUUACGGGAGGGUGGGCUGCAGGCUGCGGCAGGGACUGAGGUGCCCCCGGACCGGCAGCGCACCCUGCGAGACGAACAUCAGCGUUGCAGCCAGGAAGCCAACAAGGUGCGCGAGCGCUACGAGAAGGCCCUGCAGGAACUCGACCGUUGCAGCCCGCGCUACAUGGAGGAAAUGGAGUCGGUUUUUGAGCAGGGGCAGGCGCUGGAGCAGAGGCGCAUUGCCUUCCUUAAAGGGGCCUUCCUUGCCCUGCAUCGACGCCUUGAUGUCACCGCUGACCCCAGCGUCCAAGCCGUUUAUAGUGACCUGCACCAAGCCAUUGAGGACAUAAACGACCAGGAUGAUCUCAAAUGGUGGCGUAAUCGGCACGGACCAGGGAUGCCUAUGAAUUGGCCACAGUUUGAGAGUUGGAACCCAGAUCAGGAGCGGCCACAGGUGAAAGUCAAGAAAGCUCAAGAACCAGAGCAAGCGACACUCCGCAGUAUCACCCCCUCUCAGAGCAGUGCAAAGCCAGCACCCGUGUCGGUGCCAGGACAGCGGGUCCGUGCCGUGUAUGACUACACCGGCCAAGAGGCAGACGAGCUAAGCUUCAAAGCAGGAGAGCUGCUUACCAAGAUGGAAGAUGAGGACGAGCAAGGCUGGUGCAAGGGGGUGACCGACAGUGGACGUGUGGGGCUCUAUCCUGCCAACUACGUGGAGCCCAUUCAGGGCUAGUUACCAGAUAGUAGGGGCGAGCCACAGAGGAGACACACCCACACCCAUGCACCAAUGUUAGGGCUACGUUUCUUCCACAUUUCUGAGAUCACACCAUGCAAGCACGGAACGGUGCAAAAUUCAGCUUCGUUAGAGACUCGGCGUUAACGUUUUCUUUUAAUGAGCAUGCAACUUUCUAGUCCAUAUGGACGCAAAGUUAACCUUGAAAAUAUGGGUGGGCAAUGUUAGGGAAAUCUCAGAAGCUGGGGUGGAUUGGUGGGUGGGACUGGAUGGAAGUUCUAGCGGGUUGGGGAGCAGCGUCUGGGUCCUGUCCAGCUUCUUGCCUCUUCUGAUAGUGGUAGAAUAAAUUAUGCAAAGCAAGGCCAUUGA